CAGCUUGCUGGAGUCUGAUGCCUCCCGUGCCCAUCAGCGCAUAGAUUGCAGAAGUAAGGAGCUUUUUGUUCCAAAUGAUGAGUCCUUCUUCGAGUACAUGGCUUUGGGCGCACCAACAGCGGGUAUGAUGUUGGCUCCAGGAUGCGGCGUCCCGGGACUCACAAAGCAACAGAUACGUGCCGCGAUGUCGCAUUUGAAUCUGUCCAAACCGUAGAAAAAUUGACCAGGGUGUUGGGAACCGAACAAACGACUUCAGUAUUCUUCCUCAAGCAAAGCUCCUCGUGGAGCCGCCUUUGUAUAAGCGAGGAACAUUUCCGUCGCCUAUUCACGCGGCUUGUCGUGCACCCCAGUUUUCUGGACGUGGUUCAUCUUUUCAGCGAGAAGAUAGGACCAGUCGAGGAGGGGUUCAGUUCCUUUUUUGUGCAUGUUUCCCCUAGCAGUGAUACGUCAACGAUGAUAGAGCACAACUGCAGCUACCAUAUUGGCUACAACAUCAAAUAUGUUGCAAAACACGGCCGGAAAUACCCCAACGAUCCAUUUGUUGUGAGAGAGUGUGGCGUGUAUCAGCACUUCUCUUCCUCGACUCAGCAAUCCAGCUGGAUUUUUAUACAAGCCUCGGACCACUUCAAAGACCGAUUCAGACGCACGUUCCAGUCCUGUAGUGACACGCUACCGGAGAAGCAAUUCCUGCUCCACUCCAUGCUUCUCUUGGACGUGUCCGAGGACUGGCGAGAUUAUCUGAUAUAUCUCGAGGAACAAUUUUCCAAAAUAGUUGACAAGGGCUUCUUCACCAACACCAAGGGGCCGCAGCGAGAAGGGGACAUCACCGCAGACUUCUCGGAUCUCAGGAGGCUACACAUCCUUACUGAUAAACUGCAACGACUAGCACACAUACUGAAAUUGAACAUCCGCCUCGGUAACAAUCUCAAGAGGGAAAUGACGCGGAUCGCUGCCAGCUCGUCAUCAGUACUGCGCAUGGCCUUCGACGGCAUCCAAGCCAAGCUCAACGAGUUCCUGCUCGCGCAAGAAACAAGUAAAGACCGCGUCGAGACGCUGAUCUCGCGAUCUGGCGGAAUCAGCCAACUUGUGCAAAGCAUCCAAGACAUCCGCUCGACCGAAGCAAGCCGACUGGUCAACUGCGAGAUGCAGAGACUGACGGAACAAGGCAUCAAAGAGAACCAGCUGAUGAAGAAACUCACCGAGCAGUCCACCAAGGACACGCGCUCCAUGAUGGCCAUUGCGCUGAUCUCCGCCAUCUUCCUGCCCGCCACGUUCUUAGCGACGUUGUUUGGAUCAAACUUCUUCGCUUUCUCGGACACCGAGGGCGUCUUGACCGUGGCGUCAAAUUUCUGGGUCUACAUUGUGUUCACGUCCGCGUUCUCGGGCGCCACGGUGCUCACGUGGUUUCUGUGGAGACGGCGCAAGCUAAGGCGGCAUGACACGGGGGAUGAAGUGGAGAUGCUGUGAAGCAGAUAGCUGGAUGGAAAUUGCUUUCACGAAUUGCACAACUGCAUACAUCCCUAUCACUUAAGACGGUAAUGCG